CCCAGAGUUAUGUCGGUGAAUUACGCGGCGGGAUUGUCGUCCUACGAGCACAAGGGGAAGUGCGGCCUUCCCGAGAGCUUUGAUUCCCCCGAAGAGCUGGAGAGGAAAGUGCUGGAGUUUGCGGAGCUGGUUCGGAAUGCCUCGUACGCGGUGGCUCACACGGGAGCUGGGAUCAGCACGUCCACGGGAAUCCCCGACUUCAGGGGUCCUCGCGGGGUGUGGACGAUGGAAGAACAGGGGCUCGCUCCCAAGUUUGACACCACCUUCGAGGAAGCCAGACCUUCCAAGACACACAUGGCGAUGCUGGCCCUGCAGCGGGCUGGCUUACUGAAGUACCUCAUCAGCCAGAAUGUGGACGGACUGCACGUGCGAUCAGGAUUUCCCAAGGACAAGCUGUCAGAGCUGCACGGCAACAUGUUUGUGGAAGAAUGCAUGAAAUGUGGCAAACAGUAUGUCCGAGACACAGUGGUGGGAACAAUGGGACUGAAGCUGACCGGCAGAUUAUGUGACGCUGAAAAGGCCCGAGGCUUGAGAGGGUGCAGGGGGAAGUUACGAGAUACCAUUUUGGAUUGGGAGGAUGCCUUGCCCGAGCGAGAUCUGACGAUGGCAGAGGAAGCUUGCAGGAAGUCAGACCUAGCCAUUACAUUGGGGAGCUCUCUGCAGAUCAAACCAAGUAGUAAUCUGCCGUUCAACACGAAAAAGAAAGGGGGAAAGCUGGUGAUCGUCAAUCUGCAAGCCACAAAACUGGACAAGUACGCAGACCUCAGGAUCUUCGGCUACGUGGACGACGUCAUAACCAAGCUCAUGAAGCACCUCGGCAUUGAGAUCCCAGAGUGGGAAGGGCCGACGGUGGUGGAAUAUGCCGAAGCUGUUAAACAGGAGGCGGGGUUGCUCCUUCCCACAAAGCUGGAGCUCGAGUGCAAACCCGAAACUCGAGUUAAAUAUCAAAGCAGGGACACUGAGGAAGACGAUAGAGGAGCCCCUCGAAAAGGAAUCACACACUCCUCUCAGGAGAAUAGCUCUUUCAGACAAGAACCUCACGAUGUGGACUGCAGCACAUUCGAGACUAAACGUGCAAAGAUCGAACCACUCUCUGGAUGAAGCGCCGUGAAGUUGUGCGAUAUCGUGCACUUUUUUUUAUACACACCUUUAUUUGUAACGUGUGAAGGUGGUUCGCGUUUCUGUUCCACGUAGACUGGAUUUUUGAUGCUAAAGUCGGAAAUAACUGAUCGAGGUUUAUUUCAUCAACUGGCUUGUUCUAAGGGGAGAUGUAAUUUAAAUGUUUUAGAUAAAGGUGGUUUCAUUUGA